AUGGAGGCAAUCACACACGAUUUCUCUCCUGUCAUCAUCGUUAAAGGUCUAAUAGUUGCUAUACUUCUAGCAGUGAUUGGCAAUGGACUCUACAAUAGAUAUCUACAUCCAUUAAGUCACAUCCCCGGACCUAUCUGGAGUUCCGUGACCGAUUUAUUCAAACUCCAUGUUCUUCUAUCACAGAACCUCUCUACCAUGGGGAUAGAACUCCACAAGAAAUAUGGCCCCGUCGUUCGAAUUGCACCGAACAUGCUGUCGUUCAGUGACCCAGCUAUUCUUCCGAAAGUUUACCACAAAAAUGCAGACAAGAAUGACUUCUGGAUACCGGGAGCUUUGGGCAAAAUUCCUGGAAUGAUACAAGUCCAGGAUCACCAGGAGCACGCUGUCAAAAGACGAAUUCUUGCACCCGCACUCUCUGUCAAAAGUUUGAUGCAACUAGAAUAUAAGCUUGAUGAUAGAAUCCAGCGGACAUUCAAAGCUCUGCACCUCAAAUUUUCCAAUACCCAGCAGCCAUGUAAUUUUCCAGAAUGGGUCAGAUGGUUUCUGUAUGAUACCUUUACAGAUAUAGUAUUCAGCGAAUCUCUGGAUCUUACCGAGAAUGAGCGAGAUGUUGAUGGCAUGCUCGGAGCUUUUCGAAGCUCGGCUUGGAUGGUCGGACUCACAACCAUGUUUCCAUGGAUUAUGGGACCGCUUUUCAACGCUCCAUUGCUAGGCAAUUAUUUGUUGCCUCACCAUAGCGACAAGCAAGGGGUUGGAAAGAUCAUGAGUCUUCGUGACAGAUGGAUGAACAAGCGUCUUUUGGAGUCCAAUGAAAAAACACGAGACGAUAUUCUCAGCAAGUUUCUUGAAAGCCAUUACAUGCAACCCGAGCACCUCAAUCUCGACGAAGUCGAGGCCGAGAUCUUGAUGAUGAUGAUUGCGGCACCAGACACAACUUCUGCUCUCAUCUGCUCACUAGUGAACAACAUUAUUCAGAAUAAACAUGUCUAUGACAGUCUGAUGUGUGAAAUUCAGGAACUAGAAAGAGGGGGUUUCCUUUCGUCUCCAAUCGUCUCCUACGAAGACGUGAAAUCUAUGACAUAUCUCUUGGCUUGCAUAGAUGAGACAUCUCGUAUAGCACCAUCAGUCCCCGUUGUUCUUCCUCGGCGCGUUUCCAAAGGCGGCACAAUACUAAGUGGAUAUUUUAUCCCCGAGGGUGCAGAGAUUGGGACCAGUGCACCAGUCAUCAACAACAACGAAACGAUAUUUGGACCUCAGACGAAUGAAUUCCAGCCGGAGAGGUGGCUCGGUAACUCUGACAAGAUUGUAGCUAUGAAACGGUGUCUCUUUAGCUGGGGCUGGGGAUCACGAAAGUGUGUCGCUAAAAAUAUGUCAUUGAUGCAAACAAUGAAGUUCACCGCGCAGCUUUUCAGGGACUUCCAUGUGCUCUCUGCAUCUCCUGAUAAUCCUUGGUCACAUCGUGAAGAUAAAGGCUUUACAAUCCACGAAAAUCAGUACCUGAUUUUUGAACGACGCACGCCAUCAACUCGAUAG